GUCAGAUUUCCGAUAGAAAACUGCGGAAGCGAUACGUGGAAAAACUAUUUUAAGCUAUCAGCGGUUUGUUUAUGACGAUUCCUCUGUCCUCUUCCUGGUAAUCGAAGUAAAACAGCUGAGGAAAUGUCUUUGGAAGGAAGUGUGUGUCAUGUAACGUGCCUCUGAAACACAAUGGGAACUCCCUGCCUCCUGUGGGACACCAGAGAACAAACUGCUCACUGCCAGAAGUGUAGCUGCAAAGACGACAGCAACAGAAUUUAGGUCAAUAGGGAUAAAGGCAUGGUAACCCUGCUGAUCCUGCUAUAGCUUGAUACAACAAAUAGAUGUAGAGUAGACAGAACAGCAGUAGACUCUCAGGUGUAACUGGAUUACUUUGCUGUGUGUAAUGGGGGAGUGUAUGUUGGACCGUUAUGGUGAAGAUGGGUUUCAGAGUUGUGAAGGGUUUGACGAUUGGUCAACGUUCAGCUCUGCGGGCUGGACAGAACCCCGGGAAGACAGCAGUGGGUUUUCAGACUGGGGUGCAUUUCAGGACAAUACCAGGAAAGAGGAAUUAUCAAGCUUACCUGUGGCAGAAGCAGGAACUUUUGAGUUUCCUGAAAACACUGAAAAUGGUCAUAAGGGAAAUCCCUGGUUCGUUUUUACCGACUGCUUUCAAGUAGAGGGGGCAGAGGACAAUCCUGUCUUGAUGGAAAUCCCUACAUUGUCUGUGCUGCAGCAGAGCACGUUAGACAAGCCCUCUCAGUCUGCAGCAAUAUCAAGCGAAGCUGCAAAUUUCUGGUAUCACUUACAGUCUGGAUCCAAAAUUCUCAGACUGUCAGGUCCCAAACCAAAACUACACUCCCAUGAAGGACUGGUCAAAACCCUUCAGCUUAGACAGCUUGAUGCAAGCACUGACUCAAAGAUCACUACUCUUUUUGAUCUUGAACUAGAAGAUCUGGAAGACCCUCCUGCAGGACUUAUUCAAACUAAGCUGAUGCCAUCAUCGCAAUGUCGGAAUGCACCAGGAUUCUUUUAUCAGAUCUCACGCCAGUGGCUCAGCCAGUACAACAUGAACCUGCUGCCCUACCAGAACAAGAAAGAGCCUUUGCAAUAAUCAACAUGACAUGUGCACACACACACUUAGUGUUUCACUGACACACACUACUUCAGAAAACUGAAACUUUAUUGCAAUGUUUUUAUUUUGUCAUCAUUUACUCGACUGGUUGAAAUUAGCUAAAAGUGUAUACUUCAAAAUAUCUCAAAAAAUCAUACUGGUUUGGAAAUGAAGUAACCUAAAUAAUCAACAAAUUUUCAUUUUUAGUCACUUUAAACAAAGUACUCACUACUGCCUGCAUUCAUUAAACAAGCACAGGUAAGGUUUUCCAAGCACUCUGACAAAAAAAAAUUCAAGUCUGUUACAAAGUGCUUAACAAACGUACUCGUAUGCACACUAGCUCAGGAAGGAAUUCCUAACAUACUUGAUGUACACUUUGCCGCAGAUCUUACAUAAAAUGAAGGAUUUUAAUAGAAGAGUAGAAGAGAACGAAUAAGUGCCUAAAAAGAACAAAAUUACUGUAAACCUCAAGUACAGGAAGUCAUGCAGCCAUAUACUUAUUUAUAUUUUCCACUGUCUGCUGCUGCUGCCUACACUCAUGGCUUACUCUUCUUAAAGCUACAUUAUUUCUAUUGUGAACUGACCUCUGAAAUGUUUAUGUGUUUGGUAUAUUUAUAUCGGAAAUAUUUAAUAUUUUAAACAAGAAUAUAUAAGUACACAGCUCUAAUAGAUUGUGUCCUAUUUGUCUUUUAAAAAAAAAGUAAUAAGAAGUUUAAAACUCUUCAACAACAUAUUUUUUGUUUGUUUGUUUGUCCCUUAUGGCUUCUAGAGUAAAUGCAAUUAGAUUAAAAAAUGAAUAAUGAAAAAUUACAGCAAGAUAUGGAUAGUUUGAACUUUGAAAGUAUAAAGUUGUCUUAUAACUUUAAGAUAACUUUUGGUCUAAUUUCAUAUCAAGACCAUUUAAAUACAUCAACAUUAGUCGAGUUUUAUCCAUUUAAGCCGUUUGCCUGAUUUGGUUUGCUAUCAGACACCUUCACCUUAUCGUAAAUGUAAACAGUGGUACAUUCAGCUUUUUGUGGCAAUUAUGGGUCAUGUAACCAGAAUGUAAGGUGAUUCUGUCAGACAUUCUGUCAUUCGGUUUGCUCACGUUGCUCUACAUUUUAUUACCACCUAACACAUAGGAAGUUCACACAGUUAAAGGUCAUGGAAAGUACAAGUUACAAACACACAUUGGCAUCCGUUCUCAAGCUCAAAGUCUUCACCACAACAAAACAUUUCAAGCAUCAAGAAUUAUUCAGAGUGAACUGAUUGUUCACACCAUUACCAUCUGACCAUAUUAAUAAGCAUUAUCAUUUCCAGUACAGAGUUUCUCAUUUAGAUGUUUUCAAAGUAUUAUUUUUGGAAACGUUUUGCUGUGAUUUGCAUACAGACCAACAGAAGUGGUGUAACCACAUUUACUCAAUCUUCUUCUACAAGAUGGUGAUCAUAUGCUGUUCUACAUUUGUAAUGCCAAAAGAUGUUACUUUUAAAAGCAGUGUUAUAAAUUAGCUCAACUAUCUUCCAAGUGCAUACACUUCACUUCUAGUACUUUUAAUGAUUGAUAAUCUUUUUUUGUUAUGAGUUUUAUGUGACUAGAUUAAACAGAGAACAAUGUUUGUGGCCAAAAAAGGAAAAUACCAACACUCAUAAUGCACUGGGCUUGAUCAGACUACCUAUGCAAAAAUGCAGAAGUACAAUCUGUAGUUUUCACAAAAGCCCUGGAGCUUUCCGUUGUACUUUUUUCUGACGAAUCAACAGGGAUAUCUUAGUGCAUGUUACACAUUGUUCAUUUAUGUGUACUGACAUUGUAACAAUACAAAGCUGGUUGAAAAUCGAUGAUCUUACCCUUUAAAACCAGAAAAAUAAGCACACGUGUUUGAGUGUGUAACUACGUGUCUUAGUGCAUGUACACAGUACGUAUAUGUCUAGACUGUCACCUGCAAGGAGAAAGACAUCCUCUUUCUUUGCACAUCAGCUCCUUUCUAACCUCUAACCAUUUCCUUGUUGCAUGUUUGUGGCUCCGUGCAUCAAUCUCACACCACCUAAACUCAAAAACAUCUCCUGAUUUCACAGUUUGGACUUUGCUAAGAUGUAAUAUAAAAUGGCAAGUAGUAAUAAGAGAGGUU